UUUAACUGCCAAAUGAAGAAGCUUCACAAGGCGCUGCACGUGGGCGCAUACUACUUUUCAAAAAACAAAAGAACUUGUGAUUGACCAGGAAUGAACUUAUUAACAGGAUCGACGGCGUGCAGCGCGACGAUGGAGGCCGAGUUUCGGGAGCUCGAUGAGCACGGCGACUGGAAUGACAUUUACCAGGAAAUUCGUGAGCAGUCCGUAACGCUGCCCUGCCAUGUUGCCAGACUACCUGAGAACAAAGCCCGGAAUCGCUACAGAGACGUGAGCCCCUUUGAUGACAGCAGGAUACGUUUGCAGUUGGGAACCAACGAUUACAUCAAUGCCAGUUUAAUUUCGAUGAAGGAGACGAGAAGAAGCUACAUUCUGACACAGGGCCCUUUACCAAACACGUGCGGCCACUUCUGGGAGAUGGUGUGGGAGCAGAGGAGCAGCGGCGUGGUCAUGCUGAACCGCAUCAUUGAGAAGGGCUCUGUGAAGUGUGCCCAGUACUGGCCCUCUGAAGGAGACACCGAAAUGGUCUUUGAGGACACAAACUUCAAGCUGACCUUGGUCUCCAAGGAUGUGAAGUCCUACUACACCGUGCGCCAGCUGACACUGGAAAAUCUGUCGACUCAGGAGAGCAGAGAGGUCCUGCAUUUUCACUACACCACCUGGCCUGACUUUGGUGUCCCCGAGUCCCCCGCCUCCUUCCUCAACUUCCUCUUCCGAGUCAGGGAGUCGGGCUGCCUGGCCUCGGACAAGGGCCCCGCGGUGGUGCACUGCAGUGCGGGCAUCGGACGUUCCGGAACCUUCUGUCUGGUGGACACUUGCCUGCUGCUGAUGUCCUUGCGGGAGGACCCGUCCUCCGUGCGCCUCCGUGAUGUCCUCCUGGACAUGCGACACUACCGCAUGGGCCUCAUCCAGACUCCCGAUCAGCUACGCUUCUCAUACCUGGCGGUCAUCGAGGGAGCCAGAUUUACCUCAGGGGACACAUCCGUGCAGGAGUCCUGGAAGGAGCUUUCUAAGGAAGAGGAUCCUCCGCCGGAGUUCACACCCCCUCCUCCCCGACCGCCAAAGAGAUUUGGGGUGGAUUCCCACAACGGCAGGAUGGCAGCCUUUCCCUUCCCCGUACCCAUAACCAAACCCGAUGAUGAGCCUGUCACGGGGCACCACAACAGCUUCCACAUAUCCAGCGCUGCUCCGGAGACUGAGCUGCGCAGGAGGGCGGUGGGCGACGCCUCAGACAGGGUCACAGACGAAGCCCAGCCGGAAGGGCUACGACCUGAAACGCCCCAGCCUGCCGUCGCAGCCGCCGUUGAUACCGUCAGUCCAGCGGAGGCCCAGGCCGGUCAUGGGGAACCUCUAGAGAAGACCACGGGGAGCUCUAGAGAAGAUGGGACACAUGUGGGGCAACAAGAAACAGCGGAUCAAGUCAGGGCAGACAUCGGGAGCCUGUUGGGAACGUGGAGCCCUUCGCUGGUGGUGGCGUGCAGCUGCACACUCCUAGCCGUGGUUGUUUACUUGUGCUGCCGGUUUGCUUCCCACUGAUGUCGUUCCUUCUUUCUGGACCCCCAGUUUGCGCAGAAUCAAGGCCAGCUCACCUCCUCCGCUCUCCACUCCGGGCAGGAGCUAGACCUGAGGAAGUGCUCACUAGUGCCUCCUGCCCCCCUUCCCACCAGGAAGCAUCAGCUCUUCCAAAGCAUUCUGUUUAAAUACCAGGGAGAUUCUGCGUGCAUGUGUGUCUGUUCGUUUGUACAAUGUACGAUAUUCCGUAUCUGCAGUUGACCAUAUAUCCAUUGAUCAGGGAGACACUCCUACUACUGUUACUAGAUACCAAAAGACCAUUUUUAUUUUCUACCUCUGUUCUAUUUUUUUUACUGUAA